GAGGAGGAGGCAGAGGGAGGGAGGUCAUUCGUGAGACUCGCCGGUCAAGUUCUCUGCUUGCGUGGAGUAGCAACUUUCCAGCGCCCGCUCAUCGAAACAGGCGUUCUUCUCACCCCACCUUCCUCGCUUUUAUCACGUGCUGUUAUCGGCCGAAGCAGCCAUGAAGCUGCCAGUCUCUCUCGUCUCCCAACUGCGGCAGGUUGCGCGGCACAACUUUUCACGGGGAAGGAUGGCCCUACACUCGUCUGCUAGCAGGACAGCAGCCGCUGGAUCGGGAGACUUUCGGAUUGAGUCCGACACAUUUGGUGAGCUGAAGGUGCCCAGCGACAAGUACUAUGGAGCCCAAACAAUGCGUUCCAUGCUCAACUUUGAUAUUGGUGGCGAGCACGAGAGGAUGCCACUCCCAGUGAUAAAAGCCUUCGGCAUCCUCAAGAAAGCCGCAGCCAUUGUAAACAAGGAGUACGGCCUGGACAACAAACUGGCAGAUGCCAUCUCGCAGGCAGCUGAUGAGGUGAUUGACGGGCGGCUGGAAUCCCACUUCCCACUGGUGAUUUGGCAGACUGGCUCGGGUACCCAGUCCAAUAUGAACGUCAACGAGGUUAUCGCCAAUCGGGCCAUCGAGAUCCUUGGAGGCAAGCUUGGCAGUAAGAGCCCUGUUCAUCCAAACGACCACGUAAACAAGAGCCAGAGUUCAAACGAUACGUACCCAACGGCCAUGCACAUAGCGGUCGCCAUGGAGAUCGACACGCGCCUGUUGCCGGCACUCAAGAAGUUGCACGACGCACUCCGCACCAAGGCCCGGGAGUUCGAUGACAUCGUCAAGAUCGGCCGGACUCACACUCAGGAUGCCGUACCCCUGACCUUGGGCCAGGAGUUUGGCGGGUAUGCUGCCCAGGUCGAGUUCGGCAUUGAACGAGUGAAAGCAACGCUGCCACAUCUGUAUUACCUGGCAGCAGGUGGCACGGCCGUUGGCACGGGCCUCAACACGAGAAUUGGCUUUGCCGAGAAAGUGGCCGAAAAGGUCUCCCAGUUUACGGGCCUGCCAUUUGUGACAGCACCAAACAAGUUUGAGGCUCUUGCCGCCAACGACGCCAUGGUGGAGGUGUCUGGCGCCCUCAACGUUCUCGCCUGCAGCUUCAUGAAGAUAGCCAAUGACAUCCGUUUCCUCGGAUCGGGACCAAGGUGCGGUUUCGGCGAGCUCUCGCUGCCGGAGAACGAGCCGGGAAGCAGCAUUAUGCCAGGCAAGGUGAACCCAACACAGUGCGAGGCAGUCACAAUGGUAGCUGCCCAGGUCAUGGGCAACCACGUUGCGGUCACCGUCGGCGGCAGCAACGGCCACUUCGAGCUGAACGUGUUCAAGCCGCUCAUCGUGUCCAACGUGCUCCGCUCUGUGCGUCUCUUGGCGGACUCGAGUGUCUCCUUCACGGACCACUGUGUGGCUGGCAUCGUGCCCAACAAGGAGCGCAUCUCCAAGCUGCUCAAUGAGUCGCUAAUGCUGGUGACUGCAUUGAACCCGCACAUCGGCUACGACAAAGCGGCCAAAAUCGCCAAGACGGCGCACAAGGAGGGCGCCACGCUUAAGGAGACCGCCAUCAAGCUCGGGUUCCUCACGGCCGAGGAGUUCGACAAGUGGGUCCAGCCCAAGGACAUGCUGGGACCCAAGUGAAGAGCUCACGGUAGUGGGAGGUUUCCAUCAUCAUUUUGCCUGGGCACACCGGCGAAAGUGUUCGUUUGUUCAGACUGGAACGCCUCUCUCAUCUUGCUGAAUCUGCACACGAAACUUGGCUGCACUGAUGCCCGAGCGCCUGAGAGCUUAUGCUGCCCUAUUCGUGCGCCUUUGCUCGACUCUCGUGGGUGCAAGGACUGUGCUGAAGACUUCACAACUCGAAUCUUUUAUGAAAGCGUUGUGUGUCUCGUGUUAUGGAUGGUGUUCUCGUCUAAUGAAGGAGUCAUGUUGCAACAUCGCUUGCCUUUAUUCUGUCACACAUUAAGCUUAAAAACAAGGAAGCCGGAAUAGACGGUUGCAAGUGGUGUGAUCAACAGUUAAUGGUAAUGGACCUGUAAUUUAAAGAGUACAAAACUCUUGCAUUUGUCUCGCAUCUGUAAAUUAACAUCGGGGCCUGUAGCGGCUUUUAAUUUUGAAGGGCUUGAAGAACCCUUAAGUGUGAUGCUUUUUUGAAAUAUGCUUGCAUUUUAUGUUGGACUAAGUAGACUUGGCUCAGAUAUCUGGCUGUAGAGUUGGUACAAUCCAAAAAUCAAGCCAUUAGAAUCUGGUUAGCCGCACAUUGUCUUAAAGGGGCGAUGACAUGGUCGUCCAACAGUUCUGUUUAUAUUUGUAACUGCGACAUUAAAAAAUUCAAAUACGAGUUA